AUGGAGCCCGGUACGCACGUACAAACCGUCACCUCAAAGGAUGAGCUCCCGAAUUCCAUCAUCAUCACACAAGUCCCCGAUGAGGUCUACAAUAACAUGGCGGUGAAACGGCAAUUCUGCGAAAUGUUCAACGACAUUGAGCCGAAUCCACAUUUUGAUUUUCUGAAGAGCUUCCGCCGAAUACGCAUUAUAUUCAUGACACCAGAGAACGCGACGACGGGCAAAUGUCGAGUCGAACAUUUUUCUUUCAAGGGCAGUCAGAUGAAAGCCUAUUUUGGGCAGCGACUUAUCCUGCGAACAGACACCGGGGCCCUGCUUCAACCGCCACCACUUGAGAAGCAGUUCCUCAUUUCACCUCCAUGUUCACCGCCAGUCGGAUGGGAGCAAUUAAAGGAAAUGCCUCCAGUGGUCUGCUCUUUUGACCUCAUGGCCCGGUUGGCGGCGUUUGCUGUAGAUGAAGAAUAUAAAGUACAUGAUUCGGGAAGCAGUGGAUGUCCGUCGAUCAUCGUAUCCCCCUGUGAAACACCACUUGAGGCUCCAUCUAAAAUCGAAAUGCCCCGGACCCCAAGGCCGGGCACCCCAAAUGUUGACGAGGAAAAU